CUCUGUAAACUCUCAAUCUUAUUUCUACCCUCAUUUUUGAACCGCAAAAGGCAAUUUCCAUGGCUUUAACCAAGGCAAGGCAACGCUUUCCAUCCUCUUUCUCUCAUCCAUUCUUCAAAUUUUACUCUUCUUCAGUGUCAACCCCACCACAAGAAGUUGAAGCCGCCGAUGCUGAAACGACUGUAAAACCCCAACCCGCCGCACUUUCCCCCCAAGAAACCCAAGUCGCCGAACAAUUCCGUUCCUUAAUCAAAGAGCACCACCGCAAAAACCCCAACCCAGACCUGAACUCGACCCCUCCAUCCCCUAACUUCACCAUCCCUUCUCUCUCCCUCGACUUCUCCAAUAUCUCCACCGUCCAUCCCGUCUCCCCUUCCCUCGUGCGCUACGUCAUUGACAAGUGCAGUGGGGUUCGCCAUGGCAUACCUUUCCUCCAAACCCUGUCCUUCUUCAAUUGGGCCGCCGCACGUCCCGACUUUGCUCACUCUCCCGACCCUUACAACGAAAUGAUCGACCUUGCUGGAAAGUUGAGGCAUUUUGGCUUGGCUUGGCAUUUGAUCGAUCAGAUGAAAGCCAAAAGCGUCGACAUCUCACUCGAAACAUUCGCCAUACUAAUACGGCGUUAUGUGAAGGCCGGAUUGGCUGCAGAGGCCGUGCACGCGUUUAAUCGCAUGGAGGAUUACGGGUGCGUUCCCGAUAAGGUUGCGUUUUCAGUUUUGAUUAGUAUUUUAUGCAGAAAAAGAAGGGCUGAUGAAGCCCAAACUUUUUUCGAUAAAUUGAAGGACAAAUUUGAACCUGAUGUGAUUCUCUACACCAGCUUGCUUUACGGCUGGUGUCGAGCCCGUAAUAUCUCAGAGGCCGAAAGGGUAUUCAGAGAAAUGAAAAUGGCAGGGAUUAAGCCUAAUGUGUAUAGUUAUACGAUUGUGAUUGAUGCAUUGUGUAGAUGUGGCCAAAUUACGCGUGCUUAUGAUGUUUUUGCGGAGAUGGUUGAUGUAGGUUGUGAGCCAAAUUCCAUUACUUUUAAUAACUUGAUGAGGGUUCAUGUCAAGGCUGGUCGCACAGAGAAGGUCUUGCAGGUUUAUAAUCAGAUGAAAAGACUCGGUUGCGCUGCAGAUACGGUAACUUAUAAUUUUCUCAUAGAGUGUCAUUGCAGGGAUGAUAAUCUUGAUGAGGCUGUUAAAGUGCUUAAUUCGAUGCUUAAGAAAGGGUGUAUCCCGAAUUCGUCUACUUUCAAUACUAUAUUUAAGUGUAUUGAGAAGUUAAGGGAUGUGAAUGCCGCUCACCGAAUGUACGCUAAGAUGAAGGAGUAUAAAUGCAUGCCUAAUACUGUUACUUAUAAUGUUUUGAUGCGAAUGUUUGCCAGCGCCAAGUCUGCUGAUAUGGUUCUCAAGUUAAAAAAGGAAAUGGAUGAGAAUGAGGUUGAGCCUAAUGUGAAUACAUAUCGGAUUUUGAUCACAAUGUAUUGUGGGAUGGGGCAUUGGAACAAUGCUUACAAGCUAUUUAAAGAGAUGAUUGAGGAAAAAUGCUUGAAACCAAGUAUGCCUCUUUAUGAAAUGGUGCUGGAGCAGCUGAGAAAAGCUGAGCAGUUAAAGAAGCAUGAGGAACUGGUAGAGAAGAUGGUUGAUAGGGGAUUCGCAACACGUCCUUUGUAGAAGUAGCUUCUUGAUGUUCUAUUCAUGAGGUUCCUUCUGCAAAAUCCAUUUCGUUUCAGGCAAAGCAAGUACACUUAGUGUUCGAAACACAUUCAUUAACUGAUAAAUUUGGUAAAAGAAGCAACAAAGCAGUGAAUAUGCAUUUUUUUUUAUUGAGUGAUUCAACUAGUGUUUGGUGUACAAUUUUGAAUAGACGCAUGUUAGAAUCAUUAAAUCUUGGACACUUUUCACUUUGCUAUAGGCCUACAAUGGAUGCCGGGUAAUUGAGUUCAAUCCAUUACUUUCUUAGUUGGACAUGAACCAUAAGUUAUGUUGCUUGGAAGUUGUUGAAUUUAAAUAAUAGUGAAAGUAAUAAAUAAAGAAAAUGAUAGAAAAGUAGAUUAAAUCCGCCGUGGACCACAUAGUUGAGAGAUUUUAAACACAAUCAGCACAGCCGUAUGGAACUCCAGGGCAGGCAGGCAAGCACAACCCUAUAAUUCGUAAGAUGGGAAAUUCCAAAGUGAGUAUCACAAUAUAUUAUGAUUGACAGGCGUCCAUGGGCACCAAUCUAGUAUUAUUUUGUCAUCAGUUUUACAUUUCAUAUGUUAUUUUUAUUGAUUUCGAAAUAUAAGGGAGGCCUCCUCAAGGCGGUUUUUCCAAUGUUAAGAGGUUAUUUUCACUGCAAAACAACUACUUUGUUUCAUGUAUCUUUAGCCAAAGAAAUUGGAAGGCAAUGAUCUUUGGAUAAAUAAAUAGUUGUUUGACGUCAAGGUAAAAGCUCUGACUUCAAUUCCAUGAAAAAUCGCAUGAUUAUAUUACCAAGUACGUAGUUGACUUUUUUUAAAAAAAAAAAUCAAGAAUAACUUUCAAUUUUGUGGGCUGUUUCAAAUUAUAUUAACUUUGAAAGCUCAUGAUUACCUGUGCCCUAAACAUAAUGCUCACUACCGUAA